AUGGCAACGCCAUACCCCUACCAACCCUCCCCCAACCGCCCAGCUGACGAAAACCUCCCCGAGGUCGCGCCGGCUGAGUACCGCACCGAUGGCACCAACCUCCCCGAAGUCGUCCCCAACACCCCCCAACAACCGGGGUCCCAACCUUAUCAUCCCCUCCACGGUUACUAUUCCCCGCAAGACAAGUACCCGGCCUACUUCGACGACGCGCCCAAACUCCCCAAGGAAGAUGACCCCAUUGGUCCGGGGCAACCGCCCGUAUAUAGCGCCGGUGUGUACGCGCCUGUGUCGCCGCAGUGGGCUGCUGCUGGGAUUGCGCCGGGUGUAGGGUCGCCGGUUAGCCCGGCGACGGCGUUGAGUCCGGAAGGGGCAGCGCCGUGGCAGCCCUUUCCUAGUCCUAACACGGCAGAAUUGAAUGGGAAUGGGAACGGAGAUGGGAAUAGGGGCAUUGAUGAGAAGGCUGCUGCUGCGAAGGGAGAAAAGAGGAUAUGUGGGAUUCGGAAGAAGCUGUUUAUGAUUAUUGCCGGGUUGGUGGCAUUGGUGGUGAUUGCUGCUGCUGUGGGAGGGGGUGUUGGCGGGGCGAUUGCGGCGAAGGAAGGGGAUGAUGAGGGGAAGCCGCAAGCUGCAGAGACUACCGCGGUGAGCACGGUGACGACGACGACUGAGAGUGAGAGCACAACGACCCCUCCUCCAACAACGACAACCUCCUCGAUUUCUACAAACGUAACAACCACAACCUCCGCGGCCCUCCCCACCCUAACCGACCUCUCCAACCAAACUACCCCGCCGGAAACCUUCGCCUUCCAAGCCUGGUCCAAGACAAACUACAAGGGCAAUAGCACCGAGGUCUACUUCAAAGAAGGCUUCUUCGACUUUGGCUUUCAGGCCUGGAGCUACAUCUGGAUCAGCAACACGACCAACUGCUGUAUCACUUUCUGUAAGAACGAGACGACAUCGUCCGGGUGGUGGUGUGAUACUAGGUAUAGGGAGGCCACCGAGGCCGGGUUUGGUAGGAUUUCGAUUUGGUGCGGUAGGAAGACGAAUGAGGCUGCUAAGAAGAAGUGUUCUUGA